GCAGCACCUACAGCCGUCGACAACUGACACCCGUAAUCCCCCUCUCCUUUCCCCUUUGCCCUGCUUGGUGGCAGACAGGACUCGGCCUUGGCGCCCCGCCCCAAGGACAUGCGCGCACAAUCUAUUCCGGCGCUACCACAUGCUUGGUCUACCGGCGGCGCACAGGAAUGGUUUACUGGUUGGGCCGGCGCUGUCCAAGCACCCCCCUUCGUCGCCCGAACGUGCGAUGGCAGCCGCAUUCGCAACCGGCAGUACUCGUCGUCGCUCGCGGCCGGGGUAUCCGUCUGCACUUGGUCUGUUUCGUCGACCCGAUCCACAUCCAGUCGAUACUCGAUCGGGAUACUCGAUCGGGAUACUCGAUCGGGAUACUCGAUCGGGAUACUCGAUCGGGAUACUCGAUCGGCGCUCGAUCCACAUCCGAUAUGCACCCGAUGGCCGCCACCACGCACAGCGGCUCCAGUCCAGCGAUCGCAAGCUCCAUGCCGGCGAUCCAUGCCCCUUGUCCCGGCCAAACGAGCUGGUGCAACCGCCGCCACCAGCAGCAAAACCACCAGCAGCCCCCCCCGUACCGCCCCAAUGGAACAACCAGCACCGAUGGCAAGGCCAACAUCGACAGUAUCGACGGCAACAGCAACAGCAUGCCCUUUGCCCGGUCGCCGUUGCCUGUCCCCCGUUCGGCCCGACAGGCACGGCGGCUGCAUUAGCGCGGACGCAACAAGCAUUCAUCUCGCAAACAAGCACCCACAUCUGUGGCAUUCAGCACAAUCCCACAGCUGCCAUAUCGCAUCCGCAACAGUCCCACCGGCGCCCCUGGCCAAGCCGUCCGCCACCUUGCGUUUCCACCGAUGGCAGCCACAAGACCCAAUCGCCCGCACGACCGCGAGCGCACCAAUCGCCCAGACAGCCCUCCUGCCCCUUGCUGAGCCAAUUGCUUUUGGGCGACACCCGCGGCGCUCCGGGCAGCCAGACUGCUGUGCGGCGUUCCAGUCGAUGAUUGUCCACGCCGUGCUUGGCAUAGCCCCCCCAUGUGCGAGGGGGUCACUCGUACACAGACCUCCGAGUCGCUCCUGGGGGGGAUCCGCUUGCCACUCCCCCUAUCCGACAGCGGUCUUUCCAUUCCACCGACCCCAUGGCCGCUCUCUUUCCCAUCGCCCUGCCCUGUCUCGCGGCUGCGGUUUACGGGAUGUCGCUUGACACAAAAAAGGAGGCAUCCAUCCUAUUUCCCCCUCCUUCCUCCUUCGCCCCUCUUCUGACCACCAUCGCCACAGAGCUGCUUCUCGUCUGCUUUCAUAAAAAAAGGCUCCCUUGGCUCUCUUCUCCCGUCCUCCUUCGCACCCCGACUGUCUUCUCACGCUCGCCCGAGCCUUGAUUCUACGCGAACACGAUUCCGGCUGUUUUGCCCUUUGAGCCUGCUUUUGUUUUGGUUUCUCCUGCUCCUGCCGCCACCUCGCCGCCCUGACGGUAUCCGAUCCUUCCCUUCACAGCACACGUCGUCUGGAUCCUCCUGAGCUCCCCAACGCCAACCCUGUCU